AAUCCUCGAGAAAAUUAAGAAACAAAGAAUCUCCAACGGCUCUACUCUUCGUUGGAUCCAGUUAUAUUACCGUUUGUGGGUCCCACUCCUUCUUUUCUUCCCUUUUCAAACUUCUUAUAAACCCUACCAACUCACACUCACCUUUCACAAACACAACACAACACAACAACAAUCUUAACAACUCUUUCUGUUCCUCAAUAUUCUCACAUUAGCCUCAAAGAAAACCAUGACUGCUGAAACUAUGGCUCAAGACGAACCCCAAAAGGUUGAGGUUGUUAUUGAAGAAGGUAAAGUUGUUGAUGUUGAAGAAAAGGUUGAAACAAAGGAAUCAGUGGAAGAAUCAAAACCUGCAAAGACAGUUGAGAAAUGUUCAUCUUACAAGGAAGAAAGUAACUUCCUUUCUGAUCUUAAGGAGUUUGAGAAAAAGGCUUUAAUUGAACUUAAGACAAAGCUUGAGGAAGCAAUUUUAGGGAACACCCUUUUUGAGAAAAAAGAAGAAGAGGUAAAAAAGGUUGAAGCUUUACCAGAAGGUGGUGAAGAGGGUGAGAAAGUUGUGAAGGAAGAAGAAGAGGAGAAAAAGGUUGAAGAGGAGAAGAAGGAGGACGAGGAGAAAGAUUUGUUGUUGUGGGGAGUGUCACUUUUACCGAGUAAAGGAAAUGAAGGAAUUGAUGUGAUUUUGUUGAAGUUUUUGAGGGCUAGAGAGUUUAAGGUGAAUGAGGCGUUUGAGAUGUUGAAGAAGACACUUAAAUGGAGGAAGGAAAUGAAGAUUGAUUCUAUUUUGGAUGAAGAUUUUGGUUCAGAUUUGGCUUCUGCUGCCUAUAUGAACGGCGUUGAUUGCGAAGGGCACCCUGUGUGUUACAAUAUGUAUGGUGUUUUUGAUGGUGAAGAGAUUUAUCAAAAGACUUUUGGGAAUGAGGAGAAGAGAAGUGAGUUUUUGAGAUGGAGGUCUUAUGUCAUGGAGAAAUGGAUUCAGAAGCUGAAUUUGAAACCAGGUGGUGUUUCUUCUUUGCUUCAAAUCAAUGACCUUAAGAAUUGUCCUGGCCCUUCAAGGAAAGAGCUUAGAAUUGCUACAAAACAAACUGUUUCAAUGUUGCAGGACAAUUACCCUGAAAUGGUGGCUAAAAAUAUUUUCAUCAAUGUUCCUUUCUGGUACUAUGCACUCAAUGCACUUUUUUCUCCUUUCUUAACUCAAAGAACAAAGAGCAAAUUUGUGGUUGCUCGUCCUGCUAAGGUUACCGAAACACUGAUCAAGUAUAUUCCAAUUGAGGAGAUUCCAGUUAACUAUGGUGGUUUCAAGAGGGAAAAUGAUUCCGAGUUCUUCGGCCAAGAUGCUACUGUUUCUGAACUCAUUCUUAAGGCUGGAACAACUGCAACUAUAGAGAUUCCUGCAUUGGAGGUUGGAAACACAUUGUGCUGGGAUUUGGCUGUUUUGGGUUGGGAGGUAAGUUACAAGGAGGAAUUUGUUCCAAAUGAUGAAGGGUCAUACACAGUGAUUGUUCAAAAAGGGAAGAAGAUAGGUUCACAAGAAGGACCUAUUAGGAACACUUUCAAGAACAAUGAACCAGGAAAAGUUAUCCUCACAAUAAACAACACAUCGAACAAAAAGAAGAGGGUUCUUUACCGUUACAAGAUCAACAAGAGUUCACCCUGAGAAUUCAGUUAUCAAAAGUUCUAGUUUUGUUCCAUUGUGUAUUUGGUUUCAUUUAGAUUUUGAAAGUAGGUGAAAUGUGUGAAGAUGAGUUUUGAAGACUUAAAAAAAAAAGAGCAUUCUUUCAUUUGUUAUUACAUAUUUUGAUUUAGAGUUCAUUCAUUUUCUGUGCCAAUGAUAUGAUAUGUAGCUAUCUCAUCUUAUUUUGAUGUGAAUAAUUUGCUUUAAUACACCUUUUUAAUUUUAAAUA